AGUUGCGUCGCGGCUCAACACACAUCGAAACAUCGCACGAGAGUCAGUUCAUAAGAAUACCCCGAACUAGAAUGAAUAGCCGUGUGCCGGUGAGGCCGUGAAUCGCGAUCAACUUUUUUUUUGUUCUCGAGUGCUUCUCUUUGUGAAAUUUCGAAUUUUCAACCAUGAAUGUAGAAGACUGGACAUACCAGAUUUCACUAUAUGGACAAGCCUAUGAGCCCUGAUGUGAGUGCCUGAAGAGGGACUAAAAAAGGCACAGUUGGGGGCAAAUUGUCACAUAUUUAAAUUUCUUGACAGUUUUUUCAAAUACUUUGUACAUUUUUUUAAAAAGGUGUUAAAUGUGAGUUUUUCCUCCUUUUUUCCACCCUCAUUCGCGAAGUGCGAUGAUAAUUUUGUUGAAAUUUUUUUGUGAUAUAGCGUAGACAGUGCCAUUCUAUCUAGUUUAUCCCUGCACAUAUUAAACCUCCUUAAGACAGACCGAAGAGGUUUUCCACAACACAACAAAAAAAAACAAAGUAACAAAUACAACGAUAUAGUGUCCUCAGCAACAAAACUAAUGUCCUCAGGAUAUUUUCUAAAGCAAAAAAAGAAGAGAACGAAGAAAACAAGUCGACAAUAAAGAGCAGGCAAAAAUUUCGGUUGCAGAGGAAGCGUAAUUUGACCUCUGUGAAGACUUUGAUUUUUGCCGAAGAGAUCGAUGCAAUAGGACCAAUUUAGUGUGACUGCGGAGGAAUUCAAAAAAUAAGGACAAAAAAUCCCUUGGAAGAGGGUGAAGUUUUUUUUUCUUAAUUUCUUAAAUUUAUCUCGGUUCCGUGCACCCACUUGAAGGUGCUCGAGUGCAAGAAUUGGCCCAGCAUUGACGUGCAACGGAGCCCCAGCCGGAGUGGCAGGCGAAGAUGCUGACCGACAUGGGACCGACGGCAGCGGGGCAAUUCUAUGGAUCGCAAAUACCGACAAUGGGCAUGAACAUAACAAAUAUAGCGACACACAUACAAAAGCCAUCAGUUAGUCCUGAUCAUCCUAGUCUCAGGGGGACUCCUCUGGCAAUGCUGGCGGCACAGUGCAACAAAUUAUCCAGCAAAUCGCCACCCCCACUCGCGGACGCCGCUGUAGGAAAAGGUUUUCAUCCGUGGAAGAAGAGCCCCACGGGGGGCACAGCAGGAGGCACAGGGGGACCCCAUUCACCCGGGUCCGGCGUCUCAAGUGGGGUCUCCGCCACGAGCAAUGCAUCCUCAAUGGCACAACGAAGUCUCUCGUCGUCUGUGAACUCAAUGGGCAACGUCACUCCCAGCCGCUCCGUGUCGUCGUGCUCGGCAACGGUUACGCCAUCGUAUGGGAGUGAUUUGUACUUCCCCGGCGCAACGACGUCUCCCGCCGUGGCGGAUAAUUCACACAGUCACAUGCACCAGGGUUUCCUGGGGAAGGUCGAAGGGGCCGCACUGGGGUCCGUGUAUUCUCGCCACCCAUACGACUGGCCUUUCAACGCUGUAUCCGCGGCUGCCACGGCGGCGGCACACAAGCCAGAUGGUGUUAAUUCCGGGUGGUGGGAUAUGCAUGGUGCGGCUGGCGGCUGGCUAGAUAUGGGUAGUGCGGCGGGAAUGCACGCAACAAUGGCAAAUUAUGCCACAACGGGCUCUGACUAUUCCUCCCUAACGCACUCUUUGUCAAAUACGGCACACCUCCUAGGUUCUGGGCAGCAUCUCCUGCAGGACACGUACAAGAGUAUGCUGCCAGCUCAGGCGGUAGGUGGUUUUGGGUUGACUCAUCCCGGAGCAGCUCCGGCAGCCCCCGCAGCCCCCCAAGCACCUUCACCGCGCUCACAGAGACGCUAUUCUGGUCGUGCCACGUGCGACUGUCCCAACUGCCAGGAGGCAGAACGCCUCGGUCCAGCUGGGGUGCACCUACGCAAGAAGAACAUCCAUAGCUGUCACAUUCCCGGCUGCGGGAAGGUGUACGGCAAGACGAGCCACCUGAAGGCACAUCUACGCUGGCACACGGGGGAGAGGCCAUUUGUAUGCAAUUGGUUGUUCUGUGGAAAACGAUUCACUAGAUCCGAUGAAUUACAGAGGCACCUCCGGACACACACGGGUGAGAAGCGCUUCGCAUGUCCCAUCUGCAACAAGCGCUUCAUGCGCAGCGAUCAUCUAGCGAAGCACGUGAAGACCCACAACGGCGGCUCUGGCGGUGCCUCAGCCAAGAAGGGCUCAUCCGAGUCAUGCUCGGACUCCGAGGAGAACAGCCAGGGGGACUUGCACCAUCAGCAACAGCUGCCGCCGCAUCAGGCACAGCAACCACCGGCGCCGCCACAGCCAUUUGGGCAGCACCAAAUUCACUCCCCGGCACCGCUGCAGCAUCACACACCGAGCCCCGGUCUUGAGCAUGGUAGCAUCGCGCCGCCACUGGACGUCAAACCGGGGCUCGUUUGAGACGAGGCGGCGCACCCGGCGCUACUGGCGACGCACCAGCUGGUGCAGUGGCCGCCGCCAGGGGCCCCGAGUGCCGCCGCCACGACCCUCUUGUGGCCCCAGUGAGUGAAUUCAUUUCACAACUGGGAUGCACUUUUGUAUAAAUAAAAUAUUUUGUUAACGCCACAACUUUUUUAUCAUCCCUCGCAAAAAAAUAUCUUCAGGCGCCACUUCGGCUCGCAUCACUGCAAUUUGUUGGACUUUAUUUCAAAUAUGAACGAAAUUCUAAAGUAGAUUUCUGAGAAAAGUUGAAAUAAAAAUCAAUCAAAUUGGGGUUAUUAAUUUUCUAUUUUUAUCAAUUUAAAACCAAUUUUAAAAAUCAUUUGAUUAAUGAAAUAAAGUUAAAGUUCAAAGAAUAAUUUUUAAAAAUUUGUAAAAUGAUUUUAGAACGGUUUUAUGAAUAAAAUCUUUAUGAAAAAAGCGUUUUAAAAAUAAAAACUUGGAAGAUUUUUUUUACUCUUAUUUUGAAAAUGAAACAAAAAAAAUAAAUUUUGAAGUAAUAAUUAUUUGAAAAAUAAGAAAAUUCCUUUGCGAUGGGCCUUGAAAAUAUUUCCCCGAAUGUGACUAGAAGAAUAUUUUAAAUACACUUCAUGGUACAAAUUGUUUAAAAAAAUUGCUUUUCAGGCAGUCAACUGAGGCAUAAAACCUCCAUAAAAUCACACUGAAAAAAAUUUAUCUAAAUCUUAAAAAAUACCACUAAUAAAUUUUAAUUGGAGCUUGCGUGAUGUUGUCGUUUCCUUCUCGAGUCUUUUUCUUCUUUUUGAGCUUUUCUCAUGCGAAAAAAAUCACGAAAAGUUGAAAAAGACUUGGAAGCAAAAAAAGGUGUAUUUAGAUUAAAAAUCAUCAAAUAUGAGAUAUUUUGUAAAUAAAAAAAAUUGUUAAUUGACGUAAAUAAAUUGGUAAUGUUUUUUGAAUAGGGAUAAAAAUGAAUUUCUAGGAAGAAAUUAAUGCAUUGCAAAGUUUAAUCUUUUGCAAAAAUCAAUCAAAUCAGUUUCCGUGGGAAGAAAAGUUUAAUGAAAAAUUCUGAAAAAGGAUUUUUUUUAGAAUUCAGGCUUUGGCGGACUUUGGCGGAUUCUGAAGAAUUUUUAAGCAAAACCAUCUAAAAGCCUUUUUAGCUUUUCUUUUCCUCGAUGUUUUCUCAAUUUAUAUCACGAGAAAAAAAACACUGAAAAAAAUCACUUAAGAAGCUGAAUUAAAAAAAAAAAACUAAAAAACGAACAAAGUUUGAACUUUAACCCCUUUAGAGGGUUUGAAGAAAUAUCACAGAAAUCUACUGUAAAUAAUUUAUUACAAUUUAAAUUAUAUUUAUAUCCCAUCUGAGAGUGAUGCAAAAGAUAAAUCAUUUUUCAGAAAUGUAUUGAAAUAAUUGUUAUAUAUAAAUAUCAUCAAGAAAAGUAAUUGAAAAUGUACUUAAGAAAAGAAAAAAAAAAUGUAGAAGUGUAAAAGAGCAGUGUAAAGUUUUAAAAAAAUCCAUCGAUUUAUGGAGUUGCAGAGAGAACUUAACUAUUAUCAAAUUUAAAAGAAAUAUUAUUGUGUGUAAAAAAAAUUGAGAAAUAAGCAGAAAAUCUAUUGAGAAAUAAAAUCUAGACCAAA